AUGGCGCUCCGCCCCCGCCACGCCCGGCCCGUGGCCGCUGAGGCGCAGCGCAGCCCAGCGAUAUCCCCUCUCCCCAGUGAUGGGCGUAAGGGCGCCGGCGGGGCGCAGCUGCCUGACUUCGUUCACGGUGAACUCGUGGAGGCAGAGAAGAAGAAUGGAGAUCCAGUCCCAGAGCAGUCAAGUAGCAUGCCCGAGGCACUCCAUCAGUUGUAUUACGACCCAAAUAUUGAGAACAAAAAUCUGGCUCAGAAAUGGCUGAUGCAGGCACAGGUCUCACCCCAGGCAUGGCACUUCAGCUGGCUCCUCCUCAAUCUGGACAAGGUGCCAGAGAUCCAGUACUUUGGGGCCAGCGCUCUCCACAUCAAGAUCUCGCGCUACUGGAACGACAUCCCUGCCAACCAGUACGAGAGCCUCAAGUCACAACUCUUCAGCCAGAUCACCCGCUUUGCCAGUGGCUCCAAGAUAGUGCUUACCCGGCUCUGUGUGGCGCUGGCCUCGCUGGCACUCAGCAUGAUGCCUGACGCCUGGCCCUGUGCUGUGGCGGACAUGGUACGCAUGUUCCAGGCAGAGGACUCCAAUGUGGAUGGACGGGCACGCUGCCUGGCACUCCUGGAACUGCUGACAGUACUGCCUGAGGAGUUCCAGACUAGCCGCCUGCCUCAGUACCGCAAGGGGCAGGUACGCAGCGUGCUGGCCCAGGAGUGCGGCUCUGUCUUCCCUUUGCUGGAGCAGCUGCUGCAGCAGCAGGACUCCCCGGGUUUCAUCAAGCAGAAGGUACUGAAGUGUUUCUCCAGCUGGGUGCAGCUGGAGAUCCCGCUAAUGGACUGCGAGAACCUGAUCCAGGCAGCCUUCACCUCCCUGCAGGACCCGGACCUCUUUGACACGGCUGUGGAGGCCAUCGUCAAUGCCAUUUCCCAGCCGGAUGCCCAGAGGUGAGAGCGGCAUUCCACAUUCCUUGC